UCCCUUCUCCCAGGCCCCAGCGCGUACCAUUCUGGGGCUCCCGAGGCGGCCUCUCGUGCGAUCAAGGGCGCGCAGGAUUGGGAGGGCGAGCUGGGGCCCCUACUCUGGGCUCCGGAGUUCGGAAGAGGGUGGGUGGCCGCCGCCCCAGAGCAAAAGCGCUAGAGGAACCGGAGGAAGGAGCGCUCGCUCGCCGGCCGCCUUUCUGCCUCCCCGGCGCUCGCUCUCCCGGCUCCUAGGUUUGCUGGCUGCUCCUCCCACCCGCGCCCGCCUCCUUGCUCGCUCCCUCGCUCGCUCGAGCGGGUUUCCAAGCCCGGCGGUGCGCCCGGGCGAGUGCGGGGCGAGGGGCCCCGGGGCCAGCGCUGAGCCGGGGGCGGGGGUCCGGGCAGAGCGCAGCCGGCCGGGGAGGGGCCAUGUCCGGCGCGGGCGCCGCAGGGCCCGUCUGCAGCAAGUGACCGAGCGGCUUGGACGGCCGCUUGCCCCCCUCCGCCACCUGGGGCGGCGCGGGCCCCGGUGCCGGGUGCCGGGAGCCCGGGUCGCGCGUAGAGCCGGCGCGAUGCACGUGCGCUCGCUGCGCGCCGCGGCGCCCCACAGCUUCGUGGCGCUCUGGGCGCCCCUGUUCCUGCUGCGCUCCGCGCUGGCCGACUUCAGCCUGGACAACGAGGUGCACUCGAGCUUCAUCCACCGGCGCCUCCGCAGCCAGGAGCGGCGGGAGAUGCAGCGCGAGAUCCUCUCCAUCUUGGGCUUGCCCCAUCGCCCGCGCCCCCACCUCCAGGGCAAGCACAACUCGGCGCCCAUGUUCAUGCUGGACCUGUACAAUGCCAUGGCGGUGGAGGAGGGCGGCGGGCCCGACGGCCAGGGCUUCUCCUACCCCUACAAGGCCGUCUUCAGUACCCAAGGCCCCCCUCUGGCCAGCCUGCAGGAUAGCCACUUCCUCACCGACGCCGACAUGGUCAUGAGCUUCGUCAACCUCGUGGAGCACGACAAAGAGUUCUUCCACCCGCGCUACCACCACCGGGAGUUCCGGUUUGAUCUGUCCAAGAUCCCGGAAGGGGAAGCCGUGACUGCUGCUGAAUUCCGCAUCUACAAGGACUACAUCCGGGAGCACUUCAAUAAUGAGACCUUCCGCAUCAGCGUGUACCAGGUGCUGCAGGAGCACUUGGGCAGGGACUCGGACCUGUUCCUGCUCGACAGCCGCACCCUCUGGGCCUCGGAGGAGGGCUGGCUGGUGUUCGACAUCACGGCCACCAGCAACCACUGGGUGGUCAACCCACGGCACAACCUGGGCCUGCAGCUCUCGGUGGAGACACUGGAUGGGCAGAGCAUCAACCCCAAGUUGGCGGGCCUGAUUGGGCGGCAAGGGCCCCAGAACAAGCAGCCCUUCAUGGUGGCCUUCUUCAAGGCCACCGAAGUCCACCUCCGCAGCACCCGCUCCACGGGUGGCAAGCAGCGCAGCCAGAACCGCUCCAAGACGCCCAAGAACCAGGAAGCCCUGCGGGUGGCCAACGUCGCAGAGAACAGCAGCAGUGACCAGCGGCAGGCCUGUAAGAAGCAUGAGCUCUACGUCAGCUUCCGGGACCUGGGCUGGCAGGACUGGAUCAUCGCGCCCGAAGGCUAUGCCGCCUACUACUGCGAGGGGGAGUGCGCCUUCCCACUCAACUCGUACAUGAACGCCACCAACCAUGCCAUCGUGCAGACGCUGGUCCACUUCAUCAACCCUGAGACGGUGCCCAAGCCUUGCUGCGCCCCGACUCAGCUCAACGCCAUUUCCGUCCUCUACUUCGACGACAGCUCCAACGUCAUCCUGAAGAAGUACAGGAACAUGGUGGUCCGGGCCUGCGGCUGCCACUAGCCCUGCCCGAGGCCCGGCCACCCAGGGCCACCGCCGUGGCGAGGAGCCCGCAGACCAAGGCGGCUGCCUUGCCAGACCGUCUGUCCCCCUCCCCAACCUGAACGGUGCAGGCGUGUGAGGGUAUUUGGGAGGCGAGUGGCUUUUGAUCAGUGGUUCGUCGGCGGCGUCCUACGGACGAGAUCCUACAAGUUGCUGCAGGCGAAACCCAACCGCAGGACAUGUAGCUAAAGGAAAGUCGCCCGGCCACGAGCCCUGGCUGCGAAAUCGCGGCCGUGCACCGACUCGUCCCAGGGGUAAUGAGGAGCGCCCGUCAGCCAGGCCGCCGGCAGUGGGAGGAAGAGGGUGCGGCUGGGGGUGGGCACGUUUGUGUCUGUGCGAGAGGAAGACUCAUGCGGAGGCUCCUGUAAUACAUGUCACAAUAAAACGAAUGAAUGAAAAUGGUUAGGAUGUUACAGAUAUAUUUUCCUAAACAAUUUAUCCCUAUUUCUUGGUUUAUUCCGAUUUCAUAAACAGAAGCUGCGGCCGGCGGAGGGAGGGAGGCCCCCUCUCCACGCCAUCCCGGUUGCAUUCUGAGGCCUGCCGAGGCUCACUGUUUAUGGAGACUCACCCAGAAUCCAGGAUUGGCCCGGGAGGGGAGAGGGAAAUUUUCUGCUUGGAGUUGGGAGUGUGUUGACCUCGAAGGAAAAAGAGGUUCCAUGGUUCAGCAGGGUGUGUGGUGGCAGAGAUCCAGAUAAGCGUCGGAAGCACCCGAAGAGGCUAGGCACUAGCUUUCCAACCCUGCUGCCGUAGGAAGCCAGGGAGAAGUGGCAGAACUUGAGCUCCGCCCUGAGCUGUGGCCAGCGUAUGGCCCUGUGUAAAGAGGCGCCAAGGAACCUAGCUCUUGGCAGGGCUGGAGAGGCAGGGGCUCGGUCCCUCACCCCGGAGGCGCUUGCCGUGGUCAUUGGUGGCAGCGUCCUGGGGUCUGGGCUCCAACGAGGGCCUCCGUGGUCACCUCUGCUCAUUCACAGACCCCUCUCGGAGGACUCUGUGAAAGAAUGGGCCCCAAAGGAAGGGACCAGUGACACGGUGGGAGGUCUGCUGGGUGCAGGAGGUGCCGAUGUGGAUCGCAAACCCAGGACUCCGAAGCUGUCUUGAGAUUGACGGCCUGAUCAAGUGUCCCGACUCCAAGGUGCCGUUUCUGACACGGCUCUUGGCACCAGCCUCCCUGGCCUUAGCUGGUGCGUCCCCUAAGUGGCGUGCCCCAGCCUCCAGCAGCAGCACGGGCCUUGGAGACGACUGGGCUGUCUGUGCUAAAGAGCAGGGCUGCCCAGGUGAGGCCAGUGGCCCUGGGAUUGGGUCCAGUGGGGACCUGCUUCUCCAUGUUCAUCACCUUGGCCCCUAGAAACCCCAGGCCCCGGGUUGAAUUUUCUUUUAUUUUUUCUUCUUCAGUAGCUUGGGCUGCAGCCUUUAUGCUGCCUGAUCAAGGGGAAAGAGUUGCUCUUUUUGUUAUAUUUCGUCUUGUCUGUUGCCAACUUUGGGGAUGUUGGUGCGCUUCCGUCCUGAUGCACGCUCUCUCACCCUGUCCACCGCAGCCGACCUCUGGCUAGUGUCAUUUGUACAUUGAAACAUGUAAAUAGUUGUUACAAGACAAAGAAAUUAUUUAUGUCCAUCGGAAGCCCAUUCGAGACCCUCUCGGAUCCCUCGUUCACGAGGGGGAGCUCGCCUCCCUUCGACCUGUUUAUUUUCGUAUUUAAGACUAUUUAUUAACGGUCAGACCAAUGUACCUUCAGCUGUGGCAUCGAGCAGGCCUCAGAGAAAAUGCUGUAUAAAUAGACAAAAUAAAAAGGGUUUUGACUUUGCAAUAAAAGGAGACAUUUGGUUCUGG